UCAAAAAAUUCUAAAAAAUAAAUAACGGAAAAGUGGUGUGUGCAUAUGUAUUCACCCCCUUUGCUAUGAAGCCCCUAAAUAUGACCUGGUGCAACCAAUUACCUUCAGAAGUCACAUAAUUACUUAAAUAAAGUCCACCUGUGUGCAAUCUAAGUCUCACAUGAUCUGUCACAUGAUCUCAGUAUAUAUAGACCUGUUCUGAAAGGCCCCAGAGUCUGCAACACCACUAAACAAGGCGCACCACCAAGCAAGCGGCACCAUGAAGACCAAGGAGCUCUCCAAACAGGUCAGGGACAAAGUUGUGGAGAAGUACAGAUCAGGGUUGGGUUAUACAAAAAUAUCUGAAACUUUGAACAUCCCACGUAGCACCAUUAAAUCCAUUAUUAAAAAAUUGAAAGAAUAUGGCACCACAACAAACCUGCCAAGAGAGGGCCGCCCACCAAAACUCACAGACCAGGCAAUGAGGGCAUUAAUCAGAGAGGCAACAAAGAGACCAAAAAUAACCCUGAAGGAGCUGCAAAGCUCCACAGCAGAGAUUGGAGUAUCUGUCCAUAGGACCACUUUAAGCCAUACACUCCAGAGAGCUGGGCUUUAUGAAAGAGUGGCCAGAAAAAAGCCAUUGCUUAAAGAAAAAAAUAAGCAAACACGUUUGGUGUUCGCCAAAAAGGCAUGUGGGAGACUCCCCAAACAUAUGGAAGAAGGUACUCUGGUCAGAUGAGAUUAAAAUUGAGCUUCUUGGCCAUCAAGGAAAACACUAUGUCUGGCGCAAACCCAACACCUCUCAUCACUCCGAGAACACCAUCCAUGGUGGUGGCAGCAUCAUGCUGUGGGGAUGUUUUUCAUCGGCAGGGACUGGGAAACUGGUCAGAAUUGAAGGAAUGAUGGUUGGUGCUAAAUACAGGGAAAUUCUUGAGGGAAUCCUGUUUCAGUCUUCCAGAGAUUUGAGACUGGGACGGAGGUUCACCUUCCAGCAGGACAAUGACCCUAAGCAUACUGCUAAAGCAACACUCGAGUGGUUUAAGGGGAAACAUUUAAAUGUAUUGGAAUGGCCCAGCCAAAGCCCAGACCUCAAUCCAAUUGAGAAUCUGUGGUAUGACUUAAAGAUUGCUGUACACCAGUGGAACCCAUCCAACUUGAAGGAGCUGGAGCAGUUUUGCCUUGAAGAAUGGGCAAAAAUCCCAGUGGCUAGAUGUGCCAAGCUUAUAGAGACAUACCCCAAGAGACUUGCAGUUGUAAUUGCUGCAAAAGGUGGCUCUACAAAGUAUUGACUUUGGGGGGGUGAAUAGUUAUGCACGCUCAAGUUUUCUGUUUUUUUUUCUUAUUUCUUGUGUGCUUCACACCAAAAAAUAUUUUGCGUCUUCAAAGUGGUAGGCAUGUUGUGUAAAUCAAAUGAUACAAACCCCCCAAAAAUCAAUUUUAAUUCCAGGUUGUACGGCAACAAAAUAGGAAAAAUGCCAAGGGGGGUGAAUACUUUCGCAAGCCAUUGUAUAUGUGUGUGUUUGUGUGGGUGUGUCCUGAUCUGUUUGUUGUUUCUGAUUGACUUGACAGGAGAACUCUCAUUGGCCACCGUCAGCAGGACGGAGGUCCAGCACAGCCAAUCAUCUUUCUCUGCUGUAGAAAGGGCGGUGCUUAUCGGUGAUGACUCAGCAGAGCUGAUUGGCAUAGGGUUAGGACUAGGGGCUGAACUUCCUCUCAGCGCCACCAAACGCAACCCCUCUCACAGAAGACACUCCCACCUGGACUUCACUGAAGAGGACGAUCAGCCAAUCAGAGAAGAGCUAACAGGCGGGGAAUCUCAGGAACGCUCAGAUGAUAUCAUCAAGGUGGAGUUCCAUAACCCCGACCGCCCCUUGACCCCUGACCUCUCGUCUGAUUCUGAUUGGCUGACCGCUGUAGCUCAGCCCCUGCAGCAGCGGGCGGGAGACCCCACAGCCUGGACUCUGUCAGAUUUCUACGACUACCUGUCCCCCGACGCCGAACUCUCCACAAUAGAUACAACCCUUGACCCUGAGCCGACCCUGACCCCUCCAGCAGACAUGGAGGAUGAAAACCCAUCGCUCACUGGCUCCCCUGUCCCCUAUGUUACCCCUGACAAUGACGACCCCCAGCAACCCUCUCAGUCUCAGCCCCCAUCUCAGUCUCAAUUCCCCUCUCAGUCUCAAUCCCCACCUCCUCCUUCCCCUCCUCAGGGGUCAGAUGGGUGUGGUCUGGGCUUUGUGAGGUCAGAGGUCGGGGGUGAGUGUGUGUCUCAGUGUGAUGCACAGCCUGACUUCUGCUACAAUAGAGGAGUUUGUACCAUCGCUACGGGAAUAGGAGCAUUCUGCAGGUAAUUUUUCACAAUCAUCAGUGGAAAGAAAUACAACAAUUUACAGUACGCAUGUGUGUUAAUUGGGGGUGUGGGUGGCGGCACGCUUAGUGGUUUGUACACUACAGAGCAAUAUACAGCUGGUGUCUUUCUAACAAAAGCCAGAAUAGAGGACAGAUAGACCAUAGAAUUAGAAUUCUAGACACCCGACUGACACACAUACACAAACAUGCGGGGCCACAGGCCUUCUCAGCAGGGUCCUUGAAGGAUUAGGAGUGUUUGGGGAGGCCGAGGAGGCCGAGGGGGGGGGGGCAUCCAUAUGUCCUUACCCAACCUGAACCUCACCUUCUACAUGUCAAACACACAAACACACCCUCUCUGAUCCAGUUGAUCUUAUUAUAGGACUAGUCUGGGUUGAUUCUCUCUUCAUUACUGGACAGACUUCUGAUCUAACCCAGGACAGACACACCUAGGGCCCUAUAAAAUCUGCGAUGUAGAAAACAAGGACGGAAUCACGGAAUCCAGACAUUAAAACAGAAUUGAACAAUAUUCAACAAUUUAUUGAACUUAGUAGGAAAUCAACUAAAUGUAUUGAAAAUGUAUUAAUUUGCCCAAGUUUAUAGUAAGACAUGAACAGAAUGCAUCAGUGUUUAAUAUUUCCUGCAACUUUCUGAAGAGGCAACGAGAAUUCCCCUUCUGUGUGUGUGUGGUGAGCGUGUCUACCACUUUGUGUAGCCGUUAACGAUGAUGCUAAUGAAAAAUCUAGUGGUAGAUGGAAAGGCUUUCCCAAAAACCUUCUCAAUUAAAUGUUAACUACGAAGUAGCCUAUGCUUACCUGGCAGAAUGAUAUCAUGAUUAUUUGCAUCAAUCCAGUGUGUAUUUGUUUUGCAAACUACCAUCUCACUACAAAAACACUGCUAAUCAACGGCCUCAUGCUAGGUGAGCAUUGGAAUUAAAGGGUAACUACACCCAGAAAUCAAAAAAAAAAAAUCAAAAACCUCAAAAGUGGUCUCCUGAUGUGCUUUAAGCAUUACUGAGGACUUAGAACGUUGUUGUUUUUCUACAGUACUAGUAGCUGUACAUCAACUCAUAACUGUACAUUGCUUUGUAACAACAAUCGUCAGAUAGUGAGGCAGUUUGUUUCAGAGACAAAUACUUCCUGAAUUCUGCUGCCUGUCUGUCUAUUCUAUGGUUAAAAUAUUCUCCCCCCCCCCCCCUCACUAGGUGUAAUGUCCAGGACUAUAUGUGGAACAAGGGCUCUCGUUGCGAUUGGGUGGUGACAGACUUCCAGGUACUUUGUGUGGUAGUGGGCGUGGCCUCUCUGACCCUCAUCCUACUCAUCAUCAUCAUCGUCUUCUUCGCUAAGCGACUCCACCGCCUCAAGGAUUGAGAAAGGCCGACUUCCGCAAACCGCAGGUCCAGUGUAGAGAGAUAGAGAGAGCAUUAGAGAGAGAGGCUAAGAAGAGAUUAGAGAGCUAGAUAGAGAGAGAGAGGAUAAGCUAGUAGAGUAGAGGAGAUGCCAUAUAUAGAGAUUUGUCGCUCCAGCUACUCUCUCGUCUCGCUCUCGCUAGAUACUGCUCUCUCGUCUACGCGCUGCGCUCUCUCUCGCGCUCUCUCCUCUGCGCUCCUCUCAUCCUCUCUCUCUCGCUCUCUCUUCUCGCUAUUUUCCCUUUUUGGUUAAUCCCCCAUAGGACUGCCCAACAUUGUGCCGCAUAUAACUGGGUUUAUCAGCUGAAAGAGAGGGCAGCUGACAGUGCAUUGUUGUGUGUGUGUGUCUAAGAUAGCAUGAUGACCUAUAUACAGUUGUUCAAACACCAGGUUUUUAACCUUACAGUCAAGAAGGAGAAAGGGGGAAAGCGUGAGAGGUUUUAAAAAAAUGCCAGAGAGGACUCAUUUUGGACAUAGAAAAGCCUUUAACAGUUAUAUCACUCAAUGGAAAAAAAACCCCCCAAACCCCCCCAAAUUUUAUCCCUUUUCUUUGGGUUUUGGGGAAAAAAAAGGAUAACUUUUCCUUAUUUUUUUUUCAGGGAGGGCCCUUUUCGAAAAAAGGGUUUUGUACCCCAGGAUGAGAGGAAGAGGAGGGGAGAGAGAGAGAGAGAGAGCGUACCCUCCUCAGUACGGAUUCAGGAGAACGUCCAGGCUCUGAGUAAAAAAGGGAGUUGGAAAGAUUCGCGCCUCUCUCGCGCCUCGCUCCGCUCGCUUCUUCAUCCUCGCCUCUUUCUCGCACUCACCCUGAAGAGAAGCGCAGGAUGUCGUGUCUAGUUAGGAAUGAAUGUGAAGACAGGAAAAAGUCCCAGAAGAAGGUCAAGAGCAUGAUGUGAAGAGAGCAACGAACAUUGACGACGACGGUUUAAUAAGAAAAGGAGGAGUAGAAAGACAGAAAGGAUAAAAAGAGUAGAGGAGGGAGGAGAGAAGGAGGAGAGGUAGAUAAACAGGAGCCAGAAUAUGCAAAGAUUGUUCAUAGUAAAAGGCGGCAAAAAGGGUGUUGUAUGCUAAAUAAGUGACCUAAAAUUUCACCGAGUACCACGGUAAAGGGGGAAGAGGGGCCUUUAGUAAAUCAUAAUCCUCAUUGACUAAAACCUUACUCCCCCUACCCAUUCAACACCACUCUUCUCUUAUUCCUCUCUCCUCUCCUCCUUCCCUCGCUCCAGUCUAUACCGUCCACACAGCGAGAUGCAGACGGAUGGCUUCUCUGUUUCCACGGCGCAAGACAGUUCCCAUGCCAACGUAAGGAAGCUGUGUGACUCCCCCCCCCCCCCCCCUCAACCCCACGCUCACAAUCUGGCUUACUAUGACAACAUUAUCUGUCAGGUAACUAACUCCUGACCUAUAACCCCUGACCGCUAACCUUUGACUGACCCUAAACUUAAGCCCAAACCCUGGCUAGCUGUAUGUCAGUCUGUCUCAGUCCAUUAGUCUGUCUGUCUGUAGAAUGAGUCUGUCAGACAUGCACGCAUGCACGCACACACACACACACACACACACACACACACACACACACACACACACACACACACACACACACACACACACUGUUCCCCUUUAAGAUGUGGUUUCCACCUGCAGAAAGCGAAGAGCAGCUACGUCUGGGAGUAUAAGCCUAGACACCCUUACCGUCAGGUAAGCAGAACCACAACAAUGGCCAGUUUCCCCAGCUGGAUAGGCUUUAACCUUACCAAGCAGGAAACUGAACCCUGUACGUAACCCAGCUAACCUCCAGUUCAGCUGGGCAACCAUUACGGGCCACAGUGCUUCUUCCUCUCCUCUGUGGUUACUAGGGGUAAGGCAGCCAUUAUGGGCCACAGUGCUUCUUCAUCUCCUCUGUGGUUCCUAGGGGUAGGGCAGCCAUUACGGGCCACAGUGCUUCUUGCUCUCCCCCUGUGGAUAAGGGUAGGGCAGCCAUUUUGUCUUCUAGGCUUUUCCUCCUCAUCCUUGUUUCCGACUAGCAGCAUUAGGGUUAGUCAUGUUGGUCCCUUUGCUUCAGUCACACAGCAGCCUCCCCAUCUCCAGCUCCAUAUAACAAACCAACAUUGAUUUAAACAGGGUAAAUUGGCUUUGGCAGAAAGGGGGGCACCCAACACAUUUGUAGGGUCAUUGAUUUAAAUUUGAAUUUAGAGCGAACCCAAAUGAACUCCCCUGACACACAGGCACAUGCACACAUUCACGCACACAUGUACAAGCAUACACAAGUACACGCAUGCAUGCAUACACUCACACACACACACAUACACUUUCUAACUCGUAAUGAAUGGCUGGUCGAUGCUAGCUGAUCCAGUUACUGUACUGUCCUCACGACCUUCAUAUGUCUGCCAUCAGACAAUCAAUGUAUGUGUAUGUAACGUAUGUGUCAAUCUGUGUGUGUAUGACAUACGUGUAUGUAGUACAGGAGGUUGGUAGCACCUUAAUUGGGGAGGACCGACUUGUGGUAAUGGCUGGAACGGAAUUAGUAGAAUGGUAUCAAAUACAUUUAAACACAUGGCUCCGUUCCAGCCAUUAUUAUGAGCCGUCCUCCCCUCAGCAGCAUACACUGGAUGUAACGUAUGUGUGUGUAUGCAUGUGUGUCUAACGAAUGUGUGUGUGUGUGUAACGUGGGUUUGUCUGUGUGUGUUGUUCCACAGGAUGACCCUCAGAAAAUGGAGGAGCCUGUGAAGUCUCAAUUCACUCAAGGGGAGGAAUCUAUGAACAUCGCCAACUCUCAUUCGCCGAAACAUGUUAACAACUGCCCCGCCCUCUCCUCUGACCACACCCCUAACGCAGACCAGGAGGUAAAUAGCGAGGAGGCAAACUCCUCCCCCUCCAACAACAUAUACUAAAUCAUUCACAUAAGGGGCACCAUAAUACUGCAUAAAUAUACUAUACUAUACUAUAGCUGGGUUCCUGUUGAGGCCCUUGACUCCACUAGGAGAUAAAAGGAUUAAACACAACUAUACUACGGUAUACUAUACUGUACUGUAUUAUACUAUACUGUACUAUACUAUACCCUGUACAUAACAUGUUACACCACUACUGACCACAUGGGGGCGAUGCUGCCUCUUCCUUGCGACGUCCAGCUGCAUCACUAGCAAUCCUGGACUAAACUGUUUCUGGCUGGACAAACUCUCCUCUCCCACAAUGCCCUGCUCUCGUCUCUGACCUUAGAACUCUGACCAUUUUAAUGCUGUCCUCCCUUCUCCUACUGUCCGCCUUAAGUCUGCGUAAAAAAUAACACCCUAUUCCCUUUAUAG